AUGCCUGUAAAGCAUAGUCGUAGGCCUAGCUGGUAUGCAGGCUCCAAAAAGACCAACUCCGCUCUCCCUACAUACUCCAUCGACAACACACCCAAGAGCCUCACCCCCGCAAUCCUCACAUGCACAACAUCAAGUCUGCCUGGCUACACAAUAACGCGCCUGGUUGGCGCUAUCCAUGGAACAGCAUCUUUCACCCACAAAAUUCCUUCGUCCUUCAUCAAGUCGCUUUCGAGCAGCAUCACCGGCUCUUGUGGUGAACCAAAGCCAUUGACGCAGAUUUUAUACCAAGCUCGAGACCAGGCGAUUGAGAGGCUGACAGCAGACGCGAUCGAGAAGGGCGCGAACGCUGCUGUCGGUCUGCAGAUAAGAGAGACUGAGGUGAUGGGGUGUGUCGUAGUCAGUGUGAGUGCGACAGCAUGUCUGGUCGAGAAAGAGAGGGACGGCGUGAAGAGGGACAGCGCGCAAGAAUCUCCCUUCGGAGCUAUCAUCACUAUGUUCUUCAAAUCCUUCGGUCUGCUGCUCACAGCAGCGCAUACUGCACACUCCCUCAGUUCCAACCUGACUCAAGUUUUCGACUUUGGGCCCAAUCCACGGAAUGUUACCGGCUACAUCUACGUGCCGGCCAAUCUUCCCAAGAACGCACCAAUCCUCGUUGCACCUCAUUGGUGCCACGGUACUGCUCAAGAUGUCUUCAACUACCGCUCUUGGGCAUCUGCAGGUGAUCAAUACGGCUUCAUCUCGAUCUACCCGGACACUCCUAGUGCCACGGACCAAUGCUGGGAUGUUUCAAGCAAGCAAUCACUUACGCACAACGGUGGCGGUGAUGCACUGGGCAUUGUGUCGCUGGUCAAGUAUGUCAUCAAGAAGUACGACGCCGACGCCUCUCGAGUCUUCGUCACAGGCACAAGUUCCGGUGCCAUGAUGACAAAUGUGCUGCUCGGCAGCUAUCCGGAUUUGUUUGCUGCAGGCAGUGCAUGGGCGGGUGUCGCAUUCGGAUGCUUCGCGGGUGAUGGCUACGGUGUGUGGAGCGAUGCGUGUGCGACAGGCAAGAUCAUCAAGACUGGACCAGAGUGGGCGAAGAUUGUCAAGAAUGCGUACCCAGGGUACAACGGAUUCAGGCCGAAGCUGCAGGUCUUACACGGAUUGAACGAUACAAUCCUGUAUCCUCAGAAUUUGCAGGAAGAGAUCAAGGAGUGGACAAGUGUGUUUGGCAUCAGUGACAAGCCUAAAGAGGUCACUCCCAACACCCCGCUGCCAGGCUGGACGAAGUACACAUAUGGCAAGACUGGGAAAUUUGAGGCAUAUAGUGCUGCGGGAGUCGACCACAACAUCCCUAACCAGGAUGACUUGGUGCUCAACUACUUCGACCUCAAGUGCAGAGGCAAAAAGUGCUACUCCAGGCGGAGUGGCUAA